AUGGCGACCGCGUCCCGCCCCAACAAUCCCGUUUCCGUGUCUGCCUGCCACCCCGUCGGUGCAGGCACAACACGGCCCAUGUCUCAGCCCAUCGACCAUGCCCGUCGUGCUAGCAACGAUCGCUGGGGCACGCGCCUCGGCCAAGGAGCAGUCGUGUCGGCUGCAGCGCGCUAA